AUGGGUGCACGGCUGGCAACAGCCUUGGGCUUCACCGUCGCGACUGCUUGGCGGAGCGAGUGUGACAUCGAGGGCUUAGAUGUGCAGGUGACGAUCCAUGGAUUUGGAUCCGAUGCUGAGGAUGCGCCCGCGUGCCGCGUGGUGUGGCUGGACCACCAGGAUCUGCAAAAGAUCGACGCUUCUGCGUUGGCAGGGGUGGACUACGUCUUCACCGACUCGCGACUCUAUGCGCCCUUUCGGGGACGCAAUGGGGCGCUCCUCUUCUUGGAGAAUAUCUCUGAGUUUCACGUCCCACAGGACCUUGAUGGCAUCAUGGAGAGAAAAUCCGAGUUGCUCUCAGUCUUGAUGCCGUCAAGAGACAGGUGGGACGACCUCGCCACCGAAAUCCACCGACAGGCUAUGGAGCUGUUGCCGCAGCACGUCUUCAUCGACGACGGCGACGAGGAAACCCUGCGAAGCGCCUUCGAAAGCUAUCGCUUCUGUCUGAUUCCGGAAGACGACGUCACGAGACAUUCGAUCUCGCCCUUGUUCAUUCGAAGCCUAGCGUAUCACACGAUCGCAGUUUUUAACGGCUUCGUGGAGGUUGGGUCAAUGGUCUUCAACGCCAUUGCCGAUUUCGAUCCCGAAGAUUUCAGCCUGCCCGAAACGAUUGAAACGUUGCACAGGCACAACAAGCACAUCGGGGCGCUAUGGCAUUACCAGCGCAUUAUCCAAGACCAGGUGCUGUAUAGAUACAACAGACCCUUUGAGGAGAAACUCUUCAGUCAAGCUUGCACCAUGUGCAGGCUUUUGGCGGAUGGCGUGAAACCUCAGCGGGUCUUCGUGGGAAUCUACUCGGCGCGGAGGAACUUUGAGAAGCGCCAAGCUGUGCGGGAAACCUGGGGACGAUUGCUGCGGGAGACCUACGGCUUGCGCUAUCGCUUCUUCCUGGGGGAAGCCUCGGCUGGCGCCUCAAAUGACGAGAGGCGCAUGAGGCGAGAGAUGGAAGAGCACAACGAUUUGGUCUUCCUUCCCGUCACCGAAGGCUACCGGAUGAACAGCCGCAAGGGUUUGCUCUUCCUUGAAUGGAUCGCCGAACGCACUGAAGCUGAAUUCCUGCUGAAGACCGACGACGAUGUCUACUUGAGACCUGCUCCGUUGUUGAGGCAGCUGGAACAUCGGAUCCCGGCGCAGUAUGCUUGGGCCAUCUUUGACUACAUCAGCCCUGUGCCUCGGGAUGAGGAAGACAACUUCUACAACCCUGAGGAAACUUUCCCAUUCCCAGUCUUUCCGCCCUAUCCUCGUGGCGUGGUGCGGGUGUUGUCCAUGGACGUGGUGCGGCUGCUGGCCAAAGCGAGUCAGGAGGUGCUUGAGAUGAAGUGCGCAAGUGAGUACUUUGCCUCCGAAGAAGGUGCACGAGAUGGAUUUGCGCCUGUGAGCCUUUCGGAUGUCCAGGGUGACCUCAAAGCGCAACCGUUUGACUGGAGAAGUGUCCAUGAUCUAAGUAACUUCACUGACUACCUCCUGGACGCUCAAAGAACUGAGGUUAUGGAUUCCGCGCAGUUUUCUUGGGGCUCCUCACCUUUGCCUGGAGCAAGCUGGUACACAUGGCCUUUAUCCAAGGCCGAAAAAAUCCAACGCUGUUUCGAACUUUUUGGCCGAGAGCUCUCUGAGCUCGAGGACCAAGUAGCCACGAAUGGAAAUGAAAUCUUGGAGGUGAGUGAUCCAGAUUCCUUCAUCCGCAACAAUGUUGCCGUGGAGCCUAUGAAGGAAGCAGUUGCUGCACACUUGGGAGUUGAUCCAGUGGACAUCUGUCUCAUCAGGGCUAUCUGCAACUACUUCACUGGAGCCACUGGUUUGUGCUUGGCGGAAGUGGACGGUGUGGACUACCGCAAGAGCUUCAGCAACUGGUGCAAGGGUGAGAUGAAGAGCGUGGAGUCUCGUCGCAUCUUUCACUGUUACGCCAUCCCCUCGUCCUACUGGUCACACGAAGCCUCCGUGCAGCUCCUUGACGAAGAGCUCAACAAGCUCCAGGGCAACUGUGAGAAGUGCGACGGCUGGCACCUCACAGAGAGGUCAAGAACAGCCUCCAUCAAAUGGGGGGAAGCAGCCCCUCAAAGCAGAACCAGAUCCAACGUUUCAGCUUGGAACAGAUUGGAACAUGGUUUGACGGUCGUCCUGUGA